GUUAGAGCCGUUACAAUGAGCGGAGUGGAAGACAUCCAUGAAUUGAUUUGCAGCUGUGUAAAGAAAGAGGGCAAUAACAUGAACAAGCACCCUGCCGAGCUAUUUGAUAGACACCCCAUUACCUUAAUGAUGGUUGCCGACAACGAUAUUGGAUGCUAUCCAAAUCUUAUAAAAAUUUCGAAUAACUGGAAGCCAGAUUGGUUAAAAGACGGUGUACAAGUUCCUACUCGCGAUGAUUCUUUAUUACCCUCCGCCUGUGUUCAGCCGGAUAAAUUAAUACGCUGUUCUCGAGAUGAAUUUUAUGCCCCUGCUGUGCAUCACGUGUCUAAAAAAGGAAUUGGUGCGUUAGUCUGUUACAAUCUAGACGAUUUGGAUUACGCAUGGCUUGCGACUGUCAAUGAAGAACGUGAAUGCCUUUGUGAGGAGAAGGUCCAGGAUUGGAUGCUGGAAGACGUCAUGGAAGCUGCGGAACAAAUUUGUUUCAUUAAAAGUCGGCUGGAUUCUUCUGCGUUGGAAGUUAAUAAGAAUCCCGAGUUUGAUGAAAAUGCUCGGUGCGAUAUCUGUCAAUCGUACGAUGGAGAGGACGGUAACGAGCUUGUCUUCUGUGAUGGUUGUCUUAUAUGUGUGCACCAGGCCUGCUACGGUGUGCCACAUUUGCCAGAGGGAUCCUGGCUUUGCAGGCGUUGCGAAAUGCAAGCGAAAUCAACCACUCCGUGCGCUCUCUGCCCGAAUACCGGCGGCGCCAUGAAACUCGUAGAUGACUACAAAUCUUGGUGCCACGUGAGCUGUGCCCUUUGGGUUCCUGAGGUGGCAUUUGAAGACGUGGAACUCAUGGAACCCAUCACCAAGCUCACUGAUAUACCCCAAGCCAGGAAAAACCUCCUGUGCUCGCUUUGCAAAAUUCAUUGUGGCGCGCCGAUUCAAUGCUCUGUGAAGAAAUGCAAGGUUGCCUUCCACGUGACCUGUGCCUUCCAAAAUAACCUCGUCAUGAUCCAGGAACUCGCGGGCUAUGAUGUUCGGCUUUUGGCACACUGCACGAGACACAGCAGCAAGGAAUACCAAUCGCGCUUGUCGUUGCUCCGCACCCCGAAAAAGGAAAUUGAUCAGAAGGACCAGGCCAACUGCACCUUCACCUCUCCGCUCUCACCCAAUACGCCCAUUAAAAAGGAAUCUCCGGACAAACAGGCAGAUUUUUCUGGCCAAUUGGAUGGUCCAAGCGCCAACUUCUAUCACCAUGUCUCUUUAAGUGACGUGACAGCUCUUCUGAAAAGGUGGUCGCGGCAGCGCAAUUCCAAGCGGAAAAGCGAUCAGCACGACUGCGGUUUUUCUGAAGGCGGUCGAUGCAUACCUCGCGACAUCAUUGAACUGCUGCUGACAUACUGGCGCCUCAAACGACGGUCCAACUUCAAUCAGCCCUUGGUUGAGGUUCCAGAACAGUGGAUGACUGCCACCCUACCGGCGAAAUCGCCAAGUGAAGUGGCAGCUGAAACCUCCGCCGAGGUUGUCAACCGCUGCAAGCACAUCCGGUUCGGUCUGGAUCGCGCUCGUUUAAUACUGGACAUGGUAUUAACACGGGAAAAGAAGAAGCGUGCUCUCCUACGCACGAUGAAGGCCGUGUCGCGAACCCAGUUGGAUUGCUUGAUAAAUGACCCCGAUACUGUACUCUCUGACGAGGUGUUCGCGACCGCACAUCGGGGUUCGUCGGUGUACGAGAACCACGCUUUAUUGCAAACAAGCGUUGAGCCGCGGGACGAACAAGCCUACUUGGAGAAUUCAAACUCAUCCAAAAAACAGAAGCCUACCGGUGAAAAGCGCAGUGGUUACAUCGUGACAGGCAAUCCAGUCGUUGAUGACCUGCUUCCCGAACAGCUGAUUGUAAGCGAAGACAUCCUUACUCGACUGCGGUCUGUGUUUUCCAAGAAGGCCAACAAACGGAAGCGUAACCCACUGACUGGCAAACAAGUGAUGAUGACUGGUGGUAAAUUGGUGCUUAGCAGACGUCAGGCGAAAUCGCCAAUCGCCUCCACUCCUACACCGCCUUCGAUGAGUGCAAACUCAGUUCACGACACUAGCCCACUAACCCGGCGAGAUGUCUUGUCGUCGACCAAACUGCACCCCGGCAGACCACCUAUCUGGAAGCAGCAAAAGCUUGGCUCUUUUGUCCGUCUUCCUGUGGGCGGUACGGCCCGUGGCCAGCGCCGUGCACUCAGCACAGUUCAGCACAACGACGAGGAACUUCGGCCGUCAAAACGGAUGAAAUUAGAGAGUGAGAACGGCCUGCAAAACUUUAGCGAAAAGCCAUCUUUAAACCUAGCCGCCAACUGCUGGUAA